AUGAACAAAAAAACUACUUUUAUGUUACUUGGUGAAGCGGUAAUUUUUAUUUACACAAAAAUAAUUUACGGAUUUUGCUUUUUUUCACGCGGUUGAAGCUACAUGAUACAGUUUUCAGGCGGCCGCUGAAUUCAAGAGCAGCUUUUGGUCGCGUUUGGAGAAAGGGCCCGAUUCACUCAAGGAUAAUUCGUUACCUUGGAUUAGGCAAGGAGUUAAGGUGAGUUCUUUAACGCUGUUUUGUGAAAACUAUAAAACAAAAAUUCGUUUUGCAAAAAGCUUUUUUUUACUUCUUUCUGUUUUCAGGCCGCAAACGGAUAUUUGGAAGGGUUCUUGAGAGGCUUGAAGAAGACGGAGUUCCAACCAAUUGGAGAAUUUUCGUUCGAUGAGCAGGGUACGGUUCCGAGAAAAAUGAAGAAAAAGGUUAAUUAUUUUUUUAGACUUUGUCCCGCCGAGUCGCAAAUCUUCGACUGGUCUUGAUUGGGAGGAUGUGAGAGAUAAUCUGGAUCGGAAGACUGGAGAAGGUUAGAUUCAUCGAAACAGCCAGUUAUUUUUUGAUGAUCCAAACUAAUUUUGUAUCUAAUAAGGACAGCUUCCGUUUUCCGGCAAAAUUCAAAAUUCUGUCCUUCUAUUUGAUAUAAUCAAAAUAUAAAAUGAUUGUAAUACAUAAAAUUUUUUCUGAGAAAAAACUGAAAAGUUACAUUUUAUUGUAGCAAAAUUUUGAAUCUUAGUUGCUACGACAAGAGCGAGUUUUCCAUUUGCGAGGGGUAAUGUAUGCGGCGUGCACGCACUUUGCGCGUUCACAUUUUUGUUGCGAGACGUCACCGGGUCGUACAUUGCUUUUUUUCAAGAUUUGCAUUUUUCGUGAUGAUAUUUGCGCGAUAAAGAACAAUAUCGAAAAUAAAAUUUUGAAAAAAUUGAAAAAAAAACUCGGAAACAAAAACCCGCAAAUGUACGACCCGAUGACGUCACGCAACGAAAGUGUAAACAAGCGAAGUGCAUGCACGCAGUGCACUUUGCCGCAUACAGUACUUCUCGAAAAUGGAAAACUCGCUCUUGUCGUAGCACCGAAUCUUAUCUUUGCUUUUAGCUUCUCUUCAAAAACUGUUGAAAUUAACAACUUAACUUGAAUUAUAGUCAUAAUCAUUUUUUAUGAACCUAGCGAAUAUAUUCACAGCAAAUUAACAAAAACAAAAUUACAGUCACUCCUCAAGAAUGGCGGGCUUUCGUUCGCUCACUUCGGCAUCCAAAGACGGCUUCAUACCAGCCAGGAAACAACGUGGAAGUGUCCAACGAGAAACGAAAUCCUUUUCAAACCGAACAGCAGCACCACCACCAACAGAAGCAGCAUGAACAGCUCGAGGAAAAGCAGAAUAAACAGGAGCACCAUAAGUUCAACAACCAGGAGCAGCAACAGCAAGGUGAGCUUUUUGUUAAAAAUUUCAACCAUUCACCCCUUAAAAUUCUUUCUUUUUGUAGACGAAUCAUGGAACUGAGUUGAGAACUCUGAAAAAUACGUCUCUAUUUUCAUGUAUCUUACCUUUUUUUCGAUCCAAUGGGAAUGAUAACCAUCAAUAGGAGUAGGGUUACUUUUUCUCGUUAUUUAAAUUUUUCUCUACUUUAACGUAAAUAAUAGGCGGUUCUACUGAAAAAAAUACAUUUUGAAAAUGAAGAAAAAGUUUCUCAAGGAUUCUCCGAAUUAAAAAAAUAGCUUCAAUUUCGGACAUUAGUCGUGAAAAAAAGUGCACUGUGGUCAUAGCUAGAUCAUAUGCAAUUUCAACAUUUAUUGUGACUUUUUCAUAUUGAGUCAGGAAGGAAAAGAAUCAUUAAACAUGUCUUAAACUCAGAGAAAAAAAUGAAUUCUUCAUGAAUAUUAUCAUUGCAAUUGCUUUUAACUACGAUCCAAAGGUUGGAGAGAAAAUAGCAGUAAGUGGUUCGAACAAAAAGUUGCUUUUUAGUCCUUUAUAGUUCUUUGCAAAUUUAACAUAGUGUCAAUUUCAGGUCGUGCGAGUGCCUUCUCGCUGCAGAAGCCCAGUCCGAAUUUUCGACCUACGCAGCAGCCUCAGGCUCAUUCUGGAAUGACUCGAAGCGGAGGUCAGAAUCCUGCCGAACGACCGCAGCAAAAUCGCUCCGAGCAGAUCCAAUCGUCGCCUCAACAUUACCAUCAACGAUCUCAACCUCAGCAAUCCCUUGGCCGUUCUCAGCAGCAGCAUGAACUUCAGAAGCAGAUUGACGUUCCACCGAAGCAGCACCAGUUUCAAGGAGAAACCGGACAUCAACCAGUUCCAACAUCUCCUGCUGCUCGGCAAUAUCCUGCUCAACGAAAACCAUUGCAAACUCAGCCAUACUAUGAGCCCCUGCAGUAUGAAGUACACCGGCCACAGCUCUAUUCCGAGCAAGCCCAAAAGUCGCCUGCAGUAUCUCGAAUUUCGUUAAUGGAAAGCCCACAAAAGCAGCAUCAUACUGGCGGACUAACGAGCAAUCAUACGACUCCGAAGAAGAAGCUGAUGAGCCAGCAAGACGCUCCUCACCUUCAAACGUCACCGAGUAUUCAACAGAGGUCGUUCCAAAUGCAGAACCAACGAGGUUCGAUCCAGCAACAUGUGAUGCACGAACCAUCAGCUGAAACGGAGCACAAGGCUCAUGUUCGGCCGCCGCGUCCGUACUAUCGAUACCAGUCCAUGGAAAACGUUUAUAAAAAGCAGCCCGCUUCCCCUGGUUGGUUAGAGAGUCCGUGGCGGGAGCGUUCAACGUCGCCCUCAUCUCGAAAGUGGUAUCGUACUACUCCUGAAAACUCCCCCACCAAAGAAGAGCAUCGAAGAGCUGAACAUGUGCACACAGAGUGGCGAUAUCAAGAGCAAGACGUGAAACCGUGGGGUAGAGAGCGUUCAACGUCGACCUCGUCUCGAAGGUGGUAUCGUACUACUCCUGAAAACUCCCCCACUCAAGAAGAGCACCGAAGAGCUGAACAUGUGGACACAGGGCGGCGAUAUCAAGAGCAAGACGUGAAACCGUGGGGUAGAGAGCGUUCAACGUCGACCUCGUCUCGAAGGCGUUAUCGUACCUCUCCUGAAACUUCUCCAACGCAAGAAGAGAAUCGAGCUGGACAUGUGCACACAGGGCGGCGAUAUCAAGAGCAAGACGUGAAACCGUGGGGUAGAGAGCGUUCAACGUCGACCUCGUCUCGAAGGUGGUAUCGUACUACUCCUGAAAACUCCCCCACGCAAGAAGAGCAUCGAAGAGCUGGAAAUGUGCACACAGGGCGGCGAUAUCAAGAGCAAGACGUGGAAUCGUGGGGUGGAGAGCAACUGCGCCCUCCACAGCGGCUUGGAAUGGAUCAUCGAGGAAUGAUGGAAGAGCGAUCUCCUGCUCAAUCUCCGGUUCCACAUACUGACCCAGGCCGACGCCAUCCGCGACAAGAUGCUCGGGUAAUUUAAUCUUUUGAUCCUCUUAAUUAUGCUCUAUAGUCAAGUUUUCCUGACAAAAGGCGAAGGAGGCGGAUAAGGGGGCAAGACGCGUGGUAGGCGGUUCUUGUCACAAGUUCAAUUCAACCGUCACCGACUACAUGGAGAGCUCGUUUAUCGCUCUGAUGUUCAUUGAUCUUUUUAAAAAAAAGAUUGAAAAGAUACAAAAAGACCGAAGUUUUCAUAUGGUCGGUGUCGCUUGAAUUGAACUCAUACCAAGAACCGCGUACGCACACGCUACGCGUCCCGCUCACUUCACCGCCACCCUUGCCUCUUAAGACGGGAUGGAUUAACUAUAUAUACUUGAGCAAUCAAAAACUUGGAAAAAAAACCGGUUUUUUUGUCGGGCAACUUUUUUGUGCUCCACUUAAAAAAUGAUGAAGCUCUCGAAAAAUAUUUCGAUAACGACUUGGUACAUAAUCAAAUCAUACCUUUGAGUCAUUAUUUGAUGGUAAAGAUAGAAAUAUUACUCUGUAAAAACAGUUUACACAUUUUAUUUCUUCACAUAUCAUUUUCAGCCGAGCUUCGGAUCCCACAGCACGGAGCCAGAGCUUCGACGGCGUACGAGUACAUUCCUUUCUCCUCUUCAGGUACUAAUUAUUGUUGAAAUUAGGCUGCUCAGAAAGAUUUUGGGAACUCUCACUUGGAACAGAUUUUUGAAUGAAUUUUCUAGCUGGCUUAAUGAAAUAAUAUACCGUUUUGAAGCAAGCGGCAUGUUUUAUUUUUGUAAUGAAAGCGUUUCAUUUCAAACCUGGUUUAGUAUUUUUCAUGGAACUCCAAAAAAAUGUUGAAAAAUAGGCAAUAACUAGCUUAAUAACUAAUAAAAAUAAUUAUAAUUUAUAAUCAUUUUGAGUCGAACGAUGGAAACCGUCACAACUUUCCGAACCACCUGGCUUUUCUAGUUUAUACGGUUGAUGUUUUCAAAAAUAAAUUUUCAGUCUCCGGCACGAACUUCGCCAUUGCGGGACCAUUUUGGUGCAUCUCCUAUGCGAUCUUCGCGACAAAGCAAGGUUAUUCACUAUCAAUUUGAGUAGAACAGUAAUUAUAUUGUUUCAGUAUAGAAACCAAAAAAAGUUUAUUUAAAAAAAUGAGGAGUGUAAGGCAUUAGCUUUUUUGGAAAACAGCAGUCUCUAUCCAGAAAGUAUUCCAUUCUCUGAAUUUUUCCGAUCACAAAAAAGUCAUCGGCCAUUUCACCCGCGAAUUCACAGAAAAUUUAACUGAAAAAUCGAAAAAAAACAACCAAAACUCGCACAAAUUUCCAGCUUUGAGGCACCUGAGAAGUUCAAGACUUCUGUUUUUUUUUGUUUCGCGAGACUUUUUGGUAUAUGACAGCGAAAAACCCAUAAAAAAUUUCCUUGCAAGAAAAAUGCGUCGAAUUUAUGCAAAUAUUACAUUUAAAACUAUAAAUUUUUCAUGAAAAACAAUGAUUUACCAUAAAAAUGAAUACUGCGGUAUAAUGUUUUCGAGAGAUAUCUACUACUUGUCAUGACGAAAUUUCGAUUUUCUUGUGAUGAUAUCUGUGACUUCCUUUUGAUUUGACUUUUCUAUUGCAGAAAAUAAAACUUCAAGAUAUAGGAGAACAAAACGCAUCAAUUACAGGGUGUUCCGACCAUUCAGAAGGAGUGA